UUUCUUGGGACAGGCAGAGGCAGGGCUGCUGUUUGUGAGUUAUCAGUAACAAUUUCUCAUAUUGAGAAAGGAAGAGAAUUUUUAGGACAGCAAAUUGAGGGUGUGGACCUGGAGACGUAGUCAAGCUCAACUCAAAUCGCGAAGAAAACCCGAUCAACAAAAAGCUUAUUGGGUAACUGAAGAGAGACUGUUCCAAGACAAUUGGUGGCCUCACUGGGACACUGCUGGAUGGAUGGUACACUCCAGCUGAAGUUUGGAUUAAUGCAGAGUGAACCUUGCCUGAAGACCACAUUUGCUUGAGCCCUAUAGGAACAAGCCCAACCGAUCUUGGAUAGAACGAGGAGUAGCUUUACAGAGAGGGAAAGAUGGACGAUAUCUUCACGCAGUGCCGGGAAGGGAAUGCCGUGGCUGUGCGGCUGUGGCUUGACAACACAGAGAAUGACCUCAACCAAGGAGAUGAUCAUGGUUUUAGCCCGCUGCACUGGGCCUGUAGGGAAGGCCGCUCUAAUGUUGUGGACAUGCUGAUCAUGCGAGGGGCACGGAUCAAUGUGAUGAACCGGGGGGAUGACACGCCUCUUCACCUCGCUUCCAGCCACGGGCACCGUGAUAUUGUCACCAAGCUGAUCCAGUGCAAAGCAGACACCAAUGCAGUGAAUGAACAUGGGAACACACCGCUGCACUAUGCCUGCUUCUGGGGUCAAGAACAGGUUGCUGAGGACUUGGUGACCAACGGAGCUCAGGUCAGCAUCAGUAACAAAUAUGGAGAGACGCCAUUGGACAAGGCCAAACCACACCUUCGGGAGAUUUUGAAAGAACGAGCAGAAAAGCUGGGACAGAGCCUUGCCAAGGUCCCCUACAAGGAUAGCUUUUGGAAGGGAACCACUCGAACCCGUCCUAGAAAUGGCACCCUAAACAAGCAUGCAGGAAUCGAUUUUAAACAGCUGUUCCUGAGCAACAAGAUCAACGAAAACCAUUCUGGAGAGCUGUGGAAGGGGCGCUGGCAGGGGAACGACAUUGUUGUGAAGGUACUAAAGGUUAGAGACUGGACCACAAGAAAGAGUCGUGACUUCAACGAGGAGUAUCCCAAACUCAGGAUAUUUUCCCACCCCAAUGUGCUCCCCAUGCUGGGAGCCUGCCAGUCCCCACCUGCCCCCCAUCCAAUAAUCAUCACGCAUUGGAUGCCCUAUGGCUCUCUCUACAAUGUACUGCAUGAGGGAACAAACUUUGUGGUUGAUCAGACACAGGCUGUGAAGUUUGGGCUGGACAUCGCUCGCGGGAUGGCGUUCCUGCACACCUUGGAACCAUUGAUCCCCCGACAUUAUCUCAACAGCAAGAGCAUCAUGAUUGAUGAGGAUAUGACUGCUAGGAUCAGCAUGGCAGACGUUAAGUUUUCAUUCCAGUGCCCUGGGAGAAUGUACUCUCCAGCCUGGAUCGCCCCAGAAGCUCUGCAGAAGAAGCCGGAGGAUAUUAACCGCCGCUCCGCUGACAUGUGGAGCUUUGCAGUGCUGUUGUGGGAGUUGGUGACUCGCGAGGUUCCCUUUGCAGAUCUGUCCAACAUGGAGAUUGGGAUGAAGGUUGCUCUUGAGGGUCUGAGGCCUACCAUCCCCCCCGGCAUUUCGCCCCACAUUUGCAAGUUGAUGAAGAUCUGCAUGAAUGAGGACCCGGCCAAGCGGCCCAAAUUCGAUAUGAUCGUCCCCAUUCUGGAGAAGAUGCAGGACAAGUAACUGGCACAAUUGAUGAUCCCUGCACAAACUAGUGCUGCCUUAACUCACUACUGCACCCAAUGCAAGCCACGAUAACCUCGCUUCAGCCAGCAGCUCUGCCUCACUUCUGUUGCUCUAAACAUACCAUUAUGCUAUUAUCUGUCGUGUUUGUUGUAAUUCCAGUAAUGAAACAGAUCAGACCUUAAGUUAUCCCUUACUCAAGCCCUUUGCCUGACUGGAAUAACCUAGAAAACUAACUCAAAUCUGCCACUGGGCAAUAUAAGUUAAAAGGCUUACCAUUAUGUCAUACAUAGUGGAACUGAAUCAAGCCAACAGCCUAGCAACAGGGAUAACUUAUACCACUGCUGUCUUCCACCAUCACUCAGAUACAGUUAUUGUGAACAGAAAUAGCCUAUACAGUGCCUGUACCCCUAUGUCAAAUCGUAUUCCUGUAAUUCAUGAUUUUAAAAUGGGCUCAGAGUACUCUAUCUUGAAUUGUCUGACACUUGUUCACUGCGAUAGGCGCUUUCUGAAAAUAAACAUCAGUAUUUUUGGAGUUAGUGGGGAGAUCAAUACUUGAAGAUUACGUCCAAACUAAUUGAAAGAAAGUAAUAAAUGCAGGUUGCUUCCUUUGGCCUCUGGUGCUCGGUUUUAUAUCUUCAGUUAAUGGGUUUUUUUUCACACUGUUAUUCUCCUGUCUUUUUGUUCUCAUGUGCCCUUACCUAACCUGUCUGUCUGCUACCUGCAGAUGCAAAAUUGAACAAAGCAUGUCAUAUACAAAUGUAUGGAUUUUAUAUUUUAUUAAAUAAAUGUAUUUCCAUUGUAACCUUGAGGCCAUGUAGUUUAUAUACAUUUUAGCUGUGUCUAGAAACCGAUUCCUACACAAUAUGUUGCCUUGUUUUUCAGCAUCACUGUGGAAGAGAUCAUUCUUGUUAAUAAACCACUUUUUGGUUGCCUUAUUAAACAUUGCAUAUUGCUAUAUUGGAAAAUA